AUGGAGGUUAUUCGAGAACCCCAGGUGUUGAUACUCUCACAGAGGAAAUUCAUCUUGGAUCUGCUUCAGGAGUUCAAUUCUAUGCAUUUGACUCCCCUUUCCUCUCCACUUGAUCCAACAGUGCGUCUGCAAGCAAAAACAGGAGAUGCAAUCAAAGAUCCCACCUUUUUUAGACAUCUUUUAGGAAAAAUGAAUUAUCUUACCCAUACUCGGCCAGAUUUGUCAUUCACUGUGCAAUAUCUAAGUCAAUACAUGCAGGAUCCCCGGCAACCACAUCUAGAUGCAGCACUUCGUGUGCUUCGCUAUCUCCUAAGGGACCUUGGAUUGGGGCUUUUCAUGAGAUUUUCACCUUUAUUUCAGUUACUGGCUUUAUGUGACUCGGAUUGGGCGACUUGCCCGGAUUCACGGAGAUCGGUGAGUGGAUUUUACAUCUCUCUUGGUUAUUCUCCGAUCUCGUGGAAAUCUAAGAAACAAACUUCCAUAUUCCUGAGCUCCGCCGAGGCAGAGUACCGAUCUAUGUGA